AUGCCAUCAACGCGUUUCGCUUUGACCUCUUUGUUUUUUUAUCCAUCCAAAGGUGAACCCGAUUGUCAAGAUCAAUCAGAUGAAAGAACAUGGAUCGAAACUAAAGAUUGUGCAUACGAACCUAGUUUCUAUUGUGACGAUUCACUCUGCCCACCACAUCAGUUUUCCUGUGGCGAUGGUGAAUGCAUUCUCUCUUCAUCUCGGAUUCCGCUUCGUCAUCGCUUUGAUGUUGGACAAUUCUGUAAAAACUUACGUGAUCAUGUACAUGUUUGUGAGCUGAGUCAAGGUCGGUUUCCAUAUCCACUAUGGACACAAGAACACAGUGGUUCAUGUUUGCCAUGGCCAGAUGAUGAGAGAAUAAGCAGACGAAUGAAUCUAUCUGAUUACUGUCGCUUCCUUGUCCAAUGCGCAUUAACCAAUGGUCUUCAAAAUGAUUGUCCUUGUGGAGGUACUAAUCGGUCGGCGUGCUACUCCGCCAUCAACGAAAUGUGCGGACAUGAAAGAUUUGUUAUCUAUCCGGCUCGUUUUUGGAUUGCGCCAUUUAUCCUUUCUACAUACAAUGUAAUAGAGAGAGAUUGGAACGAUACAACACCCGAUAGUUUUGUAGUCAACGGUUCAAUUAAGUGCCGUGGUUAUCAUGGUGAACGAUAUGGACCUGAUUUUGCUAAUAUUUCCCUUACGUUUCUCAAACUUGGAACUAUCUUGUACGAACAUUUAUUUUGCAAUGUUUAUCCAAUAGUUAAAAACUAUUCGUCUCUCACACCAAAGUACGAUCAAUCUUGUUGGGCAAAAACCGAUACAACCUUUAACAAUCAAUCAUAUCUAUUUGAUGAUGUUUGUCAACAAAAUCUAUGCUUCAGUCGUUAUCGAAUACAAGAUAGUUUGCACAAUUGCCAAAAUAGUUUUGAUGAAAAGAUUUCGCCUUCAUCAGCUUUGCCGUUGCAACAGCAAAACUUUCGUUUUCAAUGUUCGGAUCACGAGCGAAAAUCGUUAUUGGCUAGAGCUAUUGGUGAUAAACGACCUGAUUGUGCGACGAAUGAGCGUGACGAGUAUACACCAGACAAUAGUACACCAUUAACCGUAUUCCAAUGUACAACGCAUGACAAGAGUGGAUGUUCAUUUUUGAAGAAUUACAUUACUAAAACAUUUACUGUACAAUCGUUGGAUCAAUUCAUUGGCACGGCUUCGCAAACUCCCGAAGUAGUACCGUUUCAUUAUUAUUGUGAUACAUUUUGGGAUUUAGUAUCCAAAGAAGAUGAAUCAUUCGAGAAUUGUCAGAAUUGGAUUUGCCCAAAAGAUCAAUACCAAUGUUUGCGAUCGAAACAGUGCAUUCCAAAACAGUGGAUAUGCGAUGGUAAGUGA